CAUCAAACCCACCAGACUCCAUGUACGUAAAUUGCCUGAUAAUAGUCAGACUUUGUGUUGCAAUUUGUGGGAGAGUCACUUCUUCUUUCUCACAAAAUGCUUGUACUCCUUUGCAGCAUGUGUGUGUGCGAUUGUGCAUUGCUCUUAUACAAGCCACGGCUAACCUCGUGAGUGGGUUUGCAGGGUGUAAGAAACGUUUCCACUGGUUGUUGAUGUGAAAUAGUUCAAUGCAAAGUGUUCUGUCACAUUAUGGGUGUAACAUUUACCCAUUUGAUAUUCUCAACAUGUUAUAAACUGCUGUUUGAAACAAACAGUUCACACAUUUACAGUUUACAACCACAUCUGCUGUAGUUUCUGUUUCUUUGCAAUUGCCUGAAGAUGUUGAGCCUUAAAAACCUGCUGUUCAUCCUCUGCAGUAUCCUAAGCUGUGUGAGGAGUGCAGCAGAGUUAAUCCAUGUGUCUGGGUAUGAAGGGAGAGAAGUUAAAGUUUCUUGUCCCUAUGGAGAGGGUUAUGAGUCUUAUGAGAAGUACCUGUGCAAGAAUGACUGUGGGAGUGAUGAUGUUCUUAUUACGACAACAGAAGCAAAGAAGAACAGAUACUCCAUCCAUGAUGACAAACAGAAACGGGUCUUUGCAGCGACCAUCUCUGAUUUGAGUCAUACGGAUGCUGGGAAAUACUGGUGUGGGGUUACCAGAACUGGAAAGGAUAUCUACACUGAAGUCAUGCUGGAAGUAGAACAAGACAGCUGUUGUGAUCAUUCCGCCAAAGUCCAACGUUAUGAGGAGAGUUCAGUGUCCUUCAGUUGUCCGUAUGAGUCUGAGUACCAGAACAGCCUGAAGUACAUCUGCAGAGGGAACCAGCCCUCCGUGUGUCUGCAGCACGCACUAAUCUCCUCUGACAACAAACAAAAGGGACAGUUCACACUUACAGAUGACAUGGCAUCAAGGAAGUUCACAGUGACCAUUACCAGUUUGACCCAAAAUAAUUCUGGGUCGUACCUUUGUGGUGUCCAUGGAAACACUGGCCUGGAUGUUUUCUCUGCUUUUGAACUAGAAGUCAAAGACUUUCAGCAGACCAGUACUGUGAUGUCUACUAUCAAUGUGGUUCCUACCUUCACUAUGGUGGAACCUGUCAGAUCACAAGCAACACCUAUCCCUGGAAAAGAGAUCAAAGGAGCUGGAGGCAACAUGAACAGAAACAAAACCAAGACAGCAGAAACAGAGGAAGUGAUAGGUGUAGCAGAUAUUUAUGAAAUCGAAGACGUAGCAUGCUCAAAACAGCGGACCACCAAACCACAGAGCAGCUGUCAACACCAUGAUGCCGAACAAGAUUCUGUGUACCAAAACUUCUCCAAUACAGAUGAUAUCUACUGUAAUCAAAUUUAAAGGCAAUAGGAGAUGAACAGCAUGCACAUCUGUGAUCAAACCUUGCAUUUUCGGGUCACAUCUGUACACAAAUGAUCCUGUUUGUAUCUUAAUUAACAGUUAUCUGGCACAUAUUCACAUACCGCUAUGGUCCAACCUUUUAUUUGUCUUACUGAAAACGACAGUGAAAUAAUUACAUGUACAGAAUUGUUUAAUAAUUACCAUCAGGUAUUUUAAGUAGGCUACUUCUAUUCAUUGCCUAAGUAAUUGCUUUAACUUUGAUUUUACACUAUUGCUUUUACCUUUGCACUCAUUAUGAUUGCUCACUGUUAAUAACACUUUUUCACACCUGCACUCCUUAUAAGAAAUUGUGGAUAAACAUUUCACCUAAAUAACCCAAAUGUGAGUUACCUUCAUGUAUGUAUCUUUAGUAAAAGUGAAUAAAUAAACAAAACCAAGAAAAGCCAGUCUAUGGUGAAACGACUCAUA